CAAUAUUUUUGUUAGAUCGUGGAAAUUAUCAGUCAAAGUAUAUUUUUUGAGUCUUAAUGUUCAAACUGUAAGCUGGAAGCAAAAUAUAAAACAUAAUAAGGUCUAUCAACAUGGAAAAGAAUACACAGGAAGGGAAUAUGAUCGUCAAGCCUCUGCCGGAAAGCGAUGAUAGCGAUAGGGACUCUGACGAGGAUAGUGAUAUAGAUACGGAUGAGGAUAAGAGUCGUGACAACCGUUGUAGGCUGAAGCAUUACAGGCGCCAGUUAAACAAAUUGUGGGAACGUACAAUGAAAAUAGGAAAGAGAACUGAAGAAAUCAGCGAGGAAUGGAAAAUGGAACACGAACGGCUGGAAAUGGCAAAUACCAAACUGACGGAACUAACUAAAAAGUAUAUGAAGAACAACAAAGAUCGGAUAAUCAAUAAAGUUGAUGCAGAGAUAUUGCCCCGUCCACAGCUCGCAUCUAAAAUACCCAAACCAAAGUCUAGCUCUAAAGUGACCAUGCUUAACCACGAAACUAACCCAUCCAAUGUUCCAAUGAAAACAUCCGAAACAAACAAAAGUGUCACCGUUGACCCUAAACAAAAGAAGAAGAUCAAGCCUGUGCAAACGUUAUCCAAGGACGAAAAAAAGACCACGUUAAAAAAAUCAGCAUUGUAGACCGCACAUCUGAUAAUUCAAGAACAUAAUAAAAUGCAUUGCCAUCAA